AUGGAGCCACUCUAUCAAGCCGGGUCCAUUCUCAUGAAGGUGAAUACCUUACAAGGGAAGAAAAUGGUGGAGAGUGGCCUCCAGUCUGGAGACUUUUCCCUGCCCCAGACAUGGCCUUCCUGCCUCCCACCGACGCCUGACUUGGAGAUCCUGCAGCAGAAGAUGGCCGGGCUGCAACGGGAGCUGGAGGACUUCAAGAAGGAGGCGCUGCAGGCCAUCCAUUACUUGGAAGACGCCUUCUGUGAGAUGAACGGGGUCCUGGCGCAGCAGGAAGAGCAGGCUGCCCGUGUGAAGCAACGGCUGCGCGAGGAGGAGGACCGGGGCAUCGUGCGCAACAAGGUGCUCACCUUCCUGCUGCCGCGUGAGAAGCAGCUCCGUGUGCACUGCCAGCGGCUAGAGUACCUUCUUCUAUGCCAGAGCCGCGAGGCGCUGGGGGGCCCCAAGAAGAUCCAGGCCAACUGA